CAUUACCUCACCCAACCUGACCAGAGAUAUAAAAGCUGAAUGAAAGAGGAGCUUCUAGUAGAGAUAACUGGUUUACAAAGGGGAAACAUCUGAAGGGAUAUUGCAAAAUAACACUGGCAAAAUGAUGCUAAAAGUUGAAGAACUGGUGACCGGGAAGAAAACUGAAAAUAAAGAAAAUGGAGAAUUUGUAUCAGAAAAUUUUAAGGAUGGAAUUUAUGAAACUGCUGUAAAUUUAGAAAAACAUGAAGACCUUAAGACAACUUCAAAAUCACUGAUCACUCAGGAGGAAGAGAAACAAACCAAGGAGAAACAGCUAAAAGCUGAGAUUGUCAAGAAGAAAAUAGAUCAAAGGCCAAAGCUUGAUAAUUUGGAAGAUCUUCAAAUUAUCAUCAAUCUUAAAAAACGAAAAAGAUCCAAGAGGGUUAAAGUCCCCGUUGUAAAGGAAGAAGAACCAGAAGUAAUUAUUGAACAUGUGGAUCCCCCAACAUUUUUCAAAGCAGCCCUGGAAAAUAAAAUGCCAGUAAUAGAAAAAUACUUAGCAGAUGGUGGAGAUCCAAAUGUUUGUGAUGAGUAUAAGCGCACAGCCCUGCACAGAGCAUGCUCAGAAGGACAUCUGCCCAUUGUACAGAAGUUAAUUGAGGCAGGAGCGAACAUAGAAUUCAAAGAUAUGCUUGAAUCAACUGCCAUACACUGGACAUGUCGUGGAGGAAGUGUCGAAACACUCAAGUUUCUUCUGAACAAAGGAGGAAACAUUAAUGCCAGAGACAAGUUACUUAGUACCCCACUACAUGUUGCUGUUAGAACAGGACAAUAUGAAUGUGCUGAGCAUCUCAUUGCCUGUGAAGCAGAUUUAAAUGCCAAAGAUAGGGAAGGAGAUACUCCAAUGCAUGAUGGGGUGAGAUUAAAUCGUUACAAAAUGAUGAGACUUCUGAUCCUAUAUGGGGCUAACUUAAACAUCAAAAAUUGUGCAGGAAAGACGCCAAUGGAACUUGUAAUGCAGUGGCAAAAUGGAGUUAAGGAGAUAUUCAGCAGUCUUCAAAACAACUCGUAUAAGAGCUCUCACAUAGCCAAAUUUUGAAUGAAGAACCAGUUUGAUCUUAAACCCAAAGCAACUGAAAACAGAGGCAUUUCCGCUUUUUAUUUAAUAUUUAUUUUGACUAUUCCAUAUAAUGUAUUUAAAAUGACUUAACUUAUUGCACUUAUUUAUGGGUUUUUUCUUUCUAAUAUGUUUGUAUUUAUUUAUUGAAUAUCUGUAAAACUUUGUAGCAUUUUUUUGCUUUAUACUAAUUUCAUGUUGGAUAUAUUGCUACGUCUAACUUAAAAUGAAUUGUUGAAACAAGGCGUAAGGACUAGGUAUAUAUUUAUAUUGGUCUUGUAAGUUGGUUUCUGGUGCAACUGAAACACUGAAAUGAACUUUAAAGGGGUGUGCAAUUAAUAUAACUAAUAUACAAGAAAGCCAGACUUGAUUUUCCUGGCUGUAUGUGAUUUAAAUUAAAACUACUGCCAAGGGCUCAGCUCACUGGAAAACAAUGUAGGACUAAGCUUGUGCCUUAUACUACAGACGUUAUAAAGGAAGGAAAAUGGGAACGUUUUAGAUGUAAACAAAAUAGUUUACAAUGGAUGUAUCAAGGUAUAUGGAUGAAUUUACAGACGCUGUUAUUCAAUUAACUGUGAUACAACUUUCUAGUGUUAGACUAUGUUGGACCAAGUCUAAAAAGAGGGAAGUAGCUUCACUCUAUAUUGAAAGGGAACCUGUAAGAUAAUCCCUCUGCUCUUAUGCAUUGUAGUGGAUUUUAAUUGAGGUGUCUCAAGCAGCAAAGGUUUAGGGGUAAUGACUCCCAUACAGGAUUGAUGGAACAGAGUCUUAAAAGUAACGUGAGACCCCAACAUUUUUGUUUCAGGAAUCAAUUUGAGGAUACAGUUAACCCUGUGCGGCCUUUAGGAUGUUCCAUCCAUCCUAACUGCACUGGGCUUUAGCGCCGUUAGGACGGCGUGGAAUGUCCUAGCUGUUUGGCUGUACUGAAGCCAUAGCGGCUUGGUAAAUGGGAUUGCGGGCUGGAGGGAGUGCCUAGCGUCAUAGGAACUCCACCCUGACACCAUCAUUGAAAUCACGUGAUCGCAUGAACGAUCAUGUGAUUUUAGUUUGUUUACAUCAGAACUUUGUUCUGAUGUAGACAAGUCCCGGCGGGAAAGGGUUAAAAAAAACUUCCCAAUUUACUUCUAUAAUCAAAUUUACUUUGUUAUCGUGGUAUUCUUUGUUCAUGAGAAUACCUAGAUAUGUAGCGUUCACUUGUCUGGAGAACUUUAUGGCAACAGCAAGAAUGCUUUAGCGCAUUAGAUGGCAGCAGUGUUUGCACAAUGUGUAACAAUGUUAAAAGCUUAUUUACAAAACUGUUGUCAUAUAGUGCAUGCUCCUGAGACUGCCAACAUGCUUUUCAACAAAGGAUACAAAGAUAAAGUAAAUUUGAUAAUAAAAGCAAAUAGGAAAAUUGCUUUUUAAUGGUAUGCUCUAUUUGAGCCAUGAAAGAAAGACAAAUUGGGUUUUAGGACUGUUUAAGGCUUUGUACUGAAAUAGGAACUUUACACAUUAGUAGGGUAAAAGUAUGAAUAUAAGAACGGACAAGUGGAAGUAAUGCAAUGGCAAAUAAGAAAGUUGAAUUAUGUGAUGUCCUUUUUUACAUUUCUAUUGUAUUUUCUGUACAUUUUGUAAUAAGUAUAUAUUUAUAUGUAAACAAAUGACAAAACUUAAAUGACUUUCUAUAUCAUUGUAUAUAAGAAGCGAAACUGACACUUAAUGUUUUGAUGUAAAAUUACCAUUUAAAGCUCUGUUAGAGUGGUAUAUUGUAUCACGCUAGUCAAGAGUUUCUCUUACUGUAAUUCACCUUGUGUCUCUGAUGCUAAGAAGAGGAAUGCUCAGGCAGCUUAUUUGCAUCAUAUUUCACAUAGCUGAAAACUUGAGAUGAGACUCUAUACACUAGCAAAGAACUAUCUAUAGAUAUUUGCGUAAUAUUUAGAUCAAUUGAACAUGCAGGAUAAACAGCAUAAAGCCGCUGAUGACUUCCCUUUUGGUGUUCAUAGAUUGCCACCUAGUGGUCAUUCAUUUUUAUGGCUUUUGUUUUCCUGAAUAUUAAACCUGCAGUACAAUCAUAGACUGCUAAUACACAAGGGUAAAGCACUUUGAUCAUGUGAUAAAACUAAAGAUAGAUAUGCUAAGGAAUAUUUAGAAAUACAAGUAUAUGCAAAAAUGUGUAACUUCUACAACUGAUAUAUGCAAGAAGGCUUAAAACAUUUGACAAAUUCGAAAUGCAAGACAUUGGUCAGAACAAUUUAUUUAAACAGUGGUAUUUUACAGGUUUGUUUCUGCAGAAAAUGUCUGUACACAAAAGAUAACCAUUGGUUAAAAACAAAAAUGUUAAUCCAAUCUCAAUAAAUUGCAUUUAUUUUGUGUUAAUAAAGGCAAAUUUAGCUA